AUGUUAUUCACCGGGUUCGCUAGAGUCCAGAGUUUUUAUUCUUUAUCAGAUUCAGGAAGUCGUUUAUUUAACGUGAGUCACCUUUUAUUCAUUUAUUCGUUCUUUCUUUUUAUCAUUCACGUUCAUUCGUACUUUUCUUUGUCUUUUCUUUUUUUUGCAUCUCUUUUUACUUCCUUUUCUAUAGACAUUUUCUUCAUUUCUGUCUCCUUCAUUAUUUAUUCCAUUAUACUUCAUUCUUUCAUUGUUCAUCAUUUCACUCCUGCUUUCUUUCUUCCUAUAUCCAUCUUCUUUCUUCAUUCACUCUUUUCUCAAUUUUCAUGCCAUUUUGUUUUUCCCAUUCUUUCCAUUUCUUUCUUUCUAUUUCUUUCUUUCUAUUUCUUUCUUUCUUUUUUCUUUCGUCAUUCUUUCUUUCUUCAUUCUUUCGUUCUUUCUUUCUUUCUUUCUUUAUACUUCCUAUUUUCCCAUAGACACUAUCUGCUUUCUGUUUUAUUCAUUAUUUAUUUGAUUAUUCUUCAUUCUUUCAACAUUUCAUUCCUGCUUUCUUUUUUCUAUACCCAUUUUCUUUCUUCGUUGAUUCUUUUAUCAAUUUUCAUGUCGUUUUGUCUCUUCCUUUUCUUUCUUUCUUUCUUUCUUUCUUUCUUUCUUUUUUUACUCCUUUCUUUUUACUUCCACUCUCCUUGCAUUCAUCUCUUCAUUUUCUCUUUAUACAAUGGCUGUUUGCAUGUUCCACCUAAAUCUUUCACACGGCAUAUUCAAAAUGUAUUCGCCACCUAG